CCUUUAAUCUAAGUUCAAAAAUAAAACUCCAUAGAAAAGUUAUAUCAACGUUGGCAUUGAAAAUAAAUUCCAUCGUUGAAUCAAAUAAAAACCUCCCAACGCCCAAAGGAAAAACAGCACCACCUUCUCCUUUACCCUUUCCUCUCUCACUCCCCCACCCUCAACCAAAAGGAAGUUAUUUUUUCUUCUCAUAUAUUUUCAAUCUGAAUUUGUGCGGCCAUAGAGAGUAAUGAUUCAUAUAGUGGACUCGAUCUAUUUGCUUGGAAUUGAGACGUAACUAUUAUUGUUGUAAAUAUUCAAGCCAAAUUAUGUGUGUUUGAUUCAUCUGCAGCAAGUGAUCGUCUAUAGAAGGUCUGGACUAAGCAAAGCAGCUGAUACUUCUGAUACAAAUUCUUGAAAGAAGCAGCACACAGGAGUUACAGUUCAUGGCUUGUUUCUUGCACUGAAGACCUCUUUGCCUAACUUGUUCAGUAACUUGGACGUAGCCAUGACUGAAAACUCAGUGAAACAAGCCAAUGAAGAGAUGAUGAGAAAUACUAUGGAAUACAUUAUGGAAACAUCUUCAGAUUCUUCCUCCCAAAGCAAAAUGGUCUCAUUCAUUGAUCUGAACGAAGACAACAAAAGGGAAAGUGAAGAAGAAGAAGAAGAAGCAGCCAUUGAGGUUAGUGUGGAAAACAGUAGUGAGAAAACAACAGAUGAAGGGAACUCAGAAAAUUAUAACAAUAGCUGCGGUGAUGGAUCCGGACGUGUUGAAAAGAAAAACGUUAGGCAUUAUGUUCGAUCAAAAAUGCCAAGGCUACGUUGGACUCCUGAACUCCAUCGCUCCUUUGUGCAUGCCAUUGAAACGCUGGGUGGUCAAGAAAGAGCCACACCAAAGUUGGUGCUCCAGUUGAUGAACGUGAGAGGUCUAAGUAUUGCCCAUGUAAAAAGUCAUUUGCAGAUGUAUCGAAGCAAGAAACUUGAUGAAUCUGGACAAGUGUUAGGUCGUAAUAGAGCAAUGCAAGGAAGAAGCUAUUUCUACAGAAAUGUAGGGCAAAGAUAUAACCCUCUACAAGAUUUCAAGAUGAAGAAUGGUGCCAUUGUGUUAGCUAGGAACUUUAACUAUGAUCAUGACCAUGUUAAAGGCCAUUUUCGAAAUUCCUUUUCGAGACCCCCAUAUGAUCAGACCAAGGACAUCUUUUCCAGGUACUUGCAGUGGUCUUCCAAUCAGGGGGGCUUACUUAAUAACACCACUCGAGAAAAGCUAUCCACACCAAGACAAUUUCAAAAAAAUGGAGGCCAUGAAAUUGGCUCCAUCAGGUCAAGCCAAUUUCGUGAAGAGAAAAGGUGGCCUCCGAGUGUAUUCAUCGCCAAUCAGUGGGAGGAGAAAAAUUCUGAUUUUUCCAAUAUUUGUUCAGCUAAAAACUCCCAAUAUUUGCUACAACAAAAUGUAGCGCAACCAUAUUCCAAAUGGAAUUGCAAAUACAAUAACCUUGAGCAAAAUUUUGAGACACCAAGCAGGCUUGAGAUGAAAGAAGACAAGAGUUUCACGGGAAAAGGUUGGCUACCUGAUUUGCAACUAAGAUUAAGCAGAAGCACAGAAAGCGAGAAUGAGAAGAAUACUCAUCAUAGCAAGAGGAUGGAUCAUCAGUCAGAAAUGAACACAAUGCUUUCUCUUUCUCUGCCUACUUAUUCAUUAAGUGAAACCUAAGAGAAAGUAGAGUUCUAAAACAUACAAAAGUUUUAUAUUAGCUUGUUACUUUAAUAUGUUCAGACAUAGAAGAGCGGCCUAUACGUAGGGGGGUGAGUACUUGAGAUCUGACCAUGCAAUUAGCAUAUCAGGAAAUUAUUGCAUUGGAGUGAGAUCUCCUAAGUACUUGCCUUAUAGGCCGUAAACAUACACUUUGAGUUGCCACUUAUCCCUCUGAUUGUUAUUUUUCUUUGUUUAACAAUACCAGUUUUUAGUUUUGACUCUGAGUGUCCUGCAACUAUAUUUAGUAUAGACGGGUACAACUAAGUAAAGAUUAUUGAGGAAGUACAUAAAUACCCAAUUUUGGGAUACUGUUUACGCUGUA